AUGGCGAGUGACACUAACAGGUGUGCCGUCAUCUCUCACAUUCCCAGCGGACAAGCAUUUUACUUUCCAUGUAACUCUAUGAAGGGACGCUACGUCACUGUGUUUCUACCAGGAAGUGCAAAGGUCCUGAGUCUCUGUGAGGUUGAAAUGUUCUACGUCUUUGUUUUAUUUAUAUCAAUAAGGUUUGUGACAGGCCAACUAAGAGAAAUUAUUGUUUUCUUGGUUUUCCUUCAAGGAUACCCAUUACCCAAUGUGGCACUCAAAGGAGAAGCUACCCAGUCAUCUACACUAUCUGUUGUCACGGCGUCCAAAGCCAUCGAUGGCAGACGGAACUCGUUCUACAGCAAUGGGUUCUGUAGCCACACGGCUGAAGAUGAGACCAACCCCUGGUGGAGGGUGGACCUGCAGCGAAGCUUUACAGUCACUGCUGUAAAAGUCACCAACAGAGGAGACUGCUGUGCUGAAAGACUGGAUGGAGCUGAGAUCAGAAUAGGAAACUCACUGGAGAACAAUGGAAACAAUAAUCCCAGGUGUGCUUCCAUCUCACAUAUCAAAGCAGGUAAAACCUACACAUUCCAGUGUGAUGGAGGCAGCAUGGAGGGUCGCUUUGUGAACGUGUUUCUUCCUGGACAGAAGAAGACUCUCACCCUGUGUGAAGUGGAGGUGUAUGCUGCCCCAGCAGUGGAACCUCUUCCAAACGUGGCCUUAAAGAAACAAACAGUACAGUCAUCAACUUGCUAUGGGCCAGUGUUUGGGCUUUCAAAAGGUGUCGAUGGAUGCAGAAAUGGAAACUUGAACUCAGGAUGCUGUACACAUACUGUACAAGAUCUGGGUCCCUGGUGGAGAGUAGACUUGUUGGCUGUCUACAAAGUCAGUGCUGUCACCAUCAUCAACAGACAGGAUGCUUUUAUUCAAAGGAUUCUUGGGGCACAGAUCCUGAUCGGGAACUCGCUGGAGCAAAAUGGAAACCAAAACCCCAGGUCAACUUCUUUACAACCUGGCACUGAAACAAACAGCUGUCCAAUCUUCAACCAAUGGCACUGUGGGUAUUGCUGGUAAGGCAGUUGAUGGGAGAAGAGAUGCAAGCUAUAAAACUGGAUCUUGCACACUUACCAAUGUACAAUCUGAUCCCUGGUGGAGAGUAGACCUGGUAAAUGUUUAUACAAUUGGGACUGUAAUGAUAACCAAUAGAGAUGAAUUGGAAAACAGGCUGGAUGGUGCUGAAAUCUGGAUCGGAAAUUCUACAACAAUCAGUGACCCUGAAAGCAUCAGGUGUGCCGUCAUCUCUCACAUUCCCAGCGGACAAGCAUUUUACUUUCCAUGUAACUCUAUGAAGGGACGCUACGUCACUGUGUUUCUACCAGGAAGUGCAAAGGUCCUGAGUCUC